AUGUUGCUUUGGGACAAUUACGUGCAUUGUGAUCUUCAUCCAGGCAACUUGUUGGUGCGUGUGCGGCGCCAGUGGAUGACGCGUCGUCCGUUGUUCGACUUGGUUUUAUUGGACGCUGGUUUGACUUCCUCGCUGACUGAGCGCGAUAGACUGAAUUUCAUCCAGUUGUUCCGCGCACUCACCUUCGGCGAAGGCUACGAGGCUGGACGGCUGUUGGUGGAACGCGCACUCAAACAGGACUGCAAGGACCCCCACGCCUUCUGCACCGAGGUGGCCGAUGUCGUUAGCCGACUCGUCGGACCACGCAUUAAACCCUUCGAGGUCAUGCUGGACACGGGCAACUUCCUCCAGUCCUACUCACCCUUCGGCCACCGACUGGGUAAAAAACUCUUGACUGAGGCGUUCGUCAAUAAGACAGGCUCUAACAAAACGUUGGCUAACAAAACGUUGGCUAACAAAACGUUGGCUAACAAGGUGUUCGCUAACAAGGUGUUCGCCUCAAUAUUCCGGAGCAGACUAGGCAGCAAGCUAGGCAGCAAGUUGGUCCUACCCAACCGCCAGCUACGAUCCCGGUUCAAACUGCACGACAUGAAUGCGGGGCGUGCCCUCCGUGAAAUCCUCUCCGUAUGUGUCCGCCACCGCGUUCAACUCGAACCACAAUUCCUUGGCGUGGUCCUCGCUCUCGGUAUCGUCGAGGGCAUUGGCAACCAACUCGACCCAGAGCUCGAUCUCCUCGCCGUAUCCAGGCCUUUUCUCCACGUCAUCGCCAAAGACGCGCUCUGGAAAAAGGAUCCAGGGGGUGGUUGA